AUGUCAACACCUCUUGUGUUUAUUACUGGUGCUACCGGUUUUAUCGGUGCCCAAGUGGUGGCCACCACGCUUCAAGCUGGCUACCGGGUGCGAUUGAGCAUUCGGAAGGCCGAGCAAGAGGCAAUUAUCCGAGCCCGAUAUGCCGGGUACAAUGGACAUGAAGGAAUCGAAUUUGCCGUCAUUCCCGAUCUGUCAAAGCAAGAGUCAUUCAGCAGCGCGCUCGUUGGCGUCGACUAUGUAUUCCACCUGGCGUCUCCAACUCCCGACAGUGGAGACAUCCAAAGUGACUACAUCGACCCGGCUGUUGAGGGAACUCUCUCUAUUUUGCGCGCUGCACAAGCAUUUGAGCAGAUCAAGAAAAUCGUUGUUGUUUCCUCUCUGCUAUCAUUGGGUCCUGUGGACACCAUUUUCCAGCAUGAAGUUUCACUGCGAGACAACACAGGAGAAACUAUCCCGGUCGACGUUUCUAUGGCCUUGCCAGAGGGCUUCGCUGGUGAAAUACUGAAAUAUUCUGCAUCCAAGAUCAAGGCUCACGAAGCGACCCGAGAUUUCAUUAAGAAUAACGCCAUCUCCUACAAGCUUAUCACUUUUCAUCCAACUUUCGUCCUUGGUGAUAGCUUGCUUCGGAAGGGGCCCAAGGAUAUCAGCGGAAUCAAUGCCUUAUUCUGGAAGGGUCUGUUCGAAGAAAAGCCCACGAUCCACCAUUCGUGGGUGCAUGUCCGCGAUGUGGCUGAUGCACACGUGAGGGUACUGGAAACAGAGAUCGAGACCGGGAAAGAGGUUAUUCUGGCUCGUCCUGUAGACUGGGAAGAUGUGGUAUCCCAUAUAAAUGAGAAGUACCCCGAGCUGGGUUGCAAGAUGAAGGGCCCGUUCGAGGACAAUUGGAAGGUUGACACUACCACAGCGGAAGAAAUUCUUGGCAUGAAGUGGCGCUCUGGACAUUCUAUUAUUGAUGAUCUUAUCCAGCAGCAAUUGGCUCUGCAAGCCAAGGCAGGAUCUAGUUGA